AAAAGUUUAAAAAAAUGUCAACACUCCUUUUGCGGCUUUAAAUUUUAUUUUAUCUUAAAGAAUUAAAUAAAUAAAUAGAAUUUUUAUGUUAAAAUGUCGAGAAAGCGCAGCGGCAGUGGAUCAAAACGCCAAUUCAAAGAAAAAGUCGUUCAAAUCUACGAGACAAUAUUAAAAGGCGAAGAUUUGGCAUCAAAUAAUCCCUUAUCAUGGGACGAAUUCUUUCUACUCAAACCCAAAGUAACAAAUUUGGAAAACGAGAUCCACAAGAUAACGUUCGAGCAACUCCAAGCGGCCAAAUUAAACUUAAACGAACUUUUUACCAAUUGUAUUGAAGUUUUGAGCCAGGGAAAUACUAUUCGAGCUCCUUACGGAUUACAAACUCUAUGUGCACUAUUGCACGGUAUUUUUAAAAAGUUUAGUGAAAAUCAACCAGCCAGCAAUGUCCACGCGAUAGAGUUUUUAUCUGGCUUCGAUAAUUAUGCAGAAAAUAUCCAAAAACUGUUGGAAUUUUGCCAAACAUUUUUAAUAGGUGAUUACACGGACUCUGUAAAGGGACUAUGCUUAAAACUAUUAAUAAUUUUUAUUAUUGGAACCGACAAUAUCAACCAUAAUAGUGUUAUAGAAUAUAUUAUGUUGUCUCCCUUGUUUGAUUGUUUAGUUAAACUGUUAUCACACUCCCCUACCAGACAAAAACACGGAUACGACGUAGUAUUAAUAAUUACUUUAUUAGUAAACUACAGGAAAUACGAUGCUACAAACCCGUAUGUAGUAAAAUUGUCAAUUCUGGAUGAUGAACUAGCUUUAAAUGGGUACAGUCAAGUAAUAACAUCAUCCCUUACAGAAUUUUGUAAUCAGUAUAACGUGGAACAUGUAGAGACACAGAAUUCUGGCUGGUUUUCAUCUUUAACGAAUAUGGUGGGAAAUAUGUUUGUUUCGGAGGAAGGAGGCUAUAGGAACCAACAAAUAAGAGCAAAUAACGCUUUGUUAUUGGCGUUUUACGAAGCUGUCCAUUUGAAUAGAAACUUCAUAACUACGCUAGCUCAAACCCAAACUGAUACUAGUAGUCCACCAUCACCAAAUAAUACUUUACACAAUCAAGUACAAGGACUUUCUGACCUGUCCAAUCUAACUUUUGAUGUGAAUUCACAACCAUCCAACCUACUGGUUUCGUUCUUUCAGUAUUGCUCUAUAGUCAUGCAAGAUACAAAGACAGAGGCAGGAACAAACACUGUAAAGCUCUGUUUUCUUAUAUUGGGUUGUAUCACAGAGGAUCAGUAUGCAAAUUCAUUGAUGCACGAUGUAAGUUUGACUUUUAAAGUUAGACUUCAUAGAUUACCAAUGAGACACAGGAAAGUAACUAAUGAUAAAACAACAUCUAGUCAAUCUUUAGUCUGUACUUUACUGGAUUUGUUGGAAGAAUUCAUGUUGAGCCACAUGAUGAAGAAAUUCCCUAUGGAACUAUACAUUCUUUGUGUAGGGAUUAUACAAAGAAUUCUUUGUUACCAAAAAAAAUGUAGGAUUAGGGUUAAUUACGUCUGGAAAGGACUUUGGACAGCCCUGAUAUCUUUGUUAAGGUUUAUAUUACAGAACGAAAAUUAUUUGGGUAAAAAAAUGAACGUUUUUGAACUGUCCAUCAAGGUAGUGAACAUACUGAAUUUCUUUAUAACUUACGGAGAUAACUUUUUACCAACCCCUGGUAGCUAUGAUGAGCUGUAUUAUGAAAUUAUUCGAAUGCACCAGGUUUUUGAUAAUGUGUACUCAAUGGCUUUGAGAUACUCCAUGGGCGACGGGGACUUCAAAGAAGACGCUCUAAAGCUAAAUAACGCUCUGUUUAACGUUAGGGCGAUAAUAAAGCAUUUUUCCCCGAAAAUUGAGCAAUGGCUGGCCAAUGCAAACCUUUCCACGCCUUCAGAAGAACAAAUAUUAGACAUAGUUAAAAAGAACUAUGACAGUUUGACACUAAAAUUGCAAGAUUUACUUGACCAUUAUGAAAGAUACACAGAAAAGCCUCUUUAUACUGGCUUUUUUACCAAUAUGGUCAAAAAUGUUCUAUGGGAUACCAGGAAUAGUUUCAACUGUUCUUUGUUGAAUUUUUCAAAUAUAGCUCAAGAAUAUCCAACUUUAUAAUAUUAACUUUGUUUUUAUUUGUAUAUUUUUACUGUAAAUUGCAAAAUACAAAUCCUGUGGCUAUAAUCAAGGACUGACUUCAAAAAGCAGCAUUAUAUUUUAUAAUAUUAACUUUCUUUUUUUCUUCUGUACAUUUUUACUGUAAAUUAUCAACUAAAAAUCUUGUGGCUAUAUUUGUAUUAGUAAACAUGGACUGACUUG